CCAGCUCAGCGAGUUGCCCGCAGCCGACAUUCACCGACACGUGCCGCUGUCGAACGUAAGAUUUUGCUUCAGAACUGCACCCGGGGCCGGCAAAGCACCCAAGAGUCCCUAGAAGCUCGAGGGGCAAGCUCCUCCGCAGCUCCCUAUGUCCCGCCCGUAGUCACUCGCAAAAAUGACUGAAGUCGCUGCUUCCCAAAGCUUGGACUGGGCGUCAACCCGAGCAGCCCUCGCCGCAUCCUCUACGACCACUCGUAUAGCUCAGUUGCGGUACAUCGAUGAUCGCGUCCUAGCCAAAAAUCUCGACCUGCAGUCCACUGCCCUCGUGCUCAAGCUCCUUCUGGGGACAUAUCACUACUAUACCGACAGACCUUCUAGGCGAGCCGUCCAAAAAUGCCUUGCAUCCAUCUUCGCGACCGUCGAUGAGCCCAAAGUCAUUGUGCCUUUCAUAAGCGCCAUUCGCACCGAAGCCAAUAAAUCGGGUUUAGCACCCACUGCAGCUUUUGUGCUUGUGGAAUGGUGCUCAAUACUGCUCAGCGGUUUCGCUGGAACCCCGCUUUGGGACCAUUGCGGCCUCGAAGUCAUUCACGCCAACGCUGCAGCUCUCGAACGAUGCGUCCAGCCGAGCUCCAAAGUGACUGCGGCCCAGUCGGCACUGGUCAUCUCGCGGAGAGGCAUCCGCGGGGCAUUCUGGUCAAAGGAGUUCCGCCCAAAAGCUGUCGAGGCAACAGUUCAAGCUUUGACUGCGAAAAGCGCGCAGCCUACUGCUCGCAAUGCCGUGUUGCUUGGCGUGGUCGCUGGUGUGUGUGCUAGGCACGAGCAGGCAAAGGCGUUGCUGGAAACCAAAAAGGCCGACUACCUCACGUUUUACACAAGGGAAAUCGUUGGCUCCCGCACACCCGUCCCGAGCCAUAUCCUGGAGGGUUUGAAGGAUUUCUUUUGUGACUUCGUCACGGAAGAAGAUUUGAACAAGAAUAUCAUCCCGCCAGUGGAAAAGGGUCUUCUUCGAGCGCCUGAGGUGGUCCUUGAACUGAUAGGGCCACUCUGCAACUCUCUCCCCACAGCGUUCGACUUGUCCGAGAUUCUCUCGGAUCACCUUCUGAAACCAAUUCUGGCAAAUGUCAAAUCCACCAACCCAGCAAUCCGCGCAGCAGUGCUAGCCGCCUUCAGGUCGAUUGCAAAGAGAAGUCAUGAUGUUAAAGUUCUGGAGAGAAUAUCCGAUGAAAUCCUCACUCCACUCAAAGCCGGUAAACUUGCGUCUGCGGAUCACAGAGUGCUUCACUCGGAGUUGCUUGGGUCUAUCGAUCUUCCAGCGGAAAUUGCGUCCAAGAUCACAGGCGGAUUGGCUCCUGUAGCAGUGAAGGAGGGCAACGAGGCGGCGUUGACCGCAGAGCUUGGCCUGAUAGCGAGGGCAGCAAUUCGCCUGCUUCAAGACGAUAUCGACGUCGGCAAGCCGACGAUCGACGCCUUUGUAAAGGGCUUAGCAGAUAAGAAAGUGUCUGCUCGUCGUCUUUGGAUACUGCGUACGGGCGAGAUCCUCAGCCAGUUUAGCGAAGCUGCAUCCUUGUCAGCCAACGUGGCGAAGUUUGCAGAGUCCAUUUACCCGCCUUUUGCAGAUGUGUGGACUGAAAUCCUGAAGAACCCUGCUUCCGCCGUACAAAGCGCUCUGAUCACGGGCGUGUUCGUUUUUUCGACACUAUCAUACAAGAUCUUCUCAAAGCUCGACAGCGCUGCAGCCAAGGCUAUCAACAAGAAGGCAGACGUCAAGAAAGAGAGCUUUGCAAUGGAUCCCAAGCCUUCUUACCUUGUGAACCACCGCAUUUACAGCCGUCUGACGCUUGAGGAUGACUGCAAAUGGUUUUUGUUCAACCUGGCGGCUGUCUCUGCUGAUCUAGAGACAGCUCCAACACCAGCCCAAGUGUCCUGGGCCCUAGCCUUGAUCUAUCUUCUCUCCUCCAACACUGUCCCGGCCACAAUCCGGAAGUCUACUGGGGAAACAAUCUCCACUUUAUACGACGAGCAUCCAUCAGCUGUGUUCGCGAGCAUCGUCACCGCACUUUGGCAAUGGGUCGAGGCUUGCGACAGUGCCGACAAAGAUAGCGUCGCAGCAUCCGCCAAGUUCGAGACCAGUAAUCUCAACAUAGCACUAAGGGCCUUGUGCGUGAAAAGUGCACGCUCAUCUGCCAAUGGCGCCGAAACACGACUCGAGAAACAGCUGUGUUCAGUUCUUGUCCUUGCUCGCGACCAGCUUAUUCCGCGGAUCAGCUGGAUCGAUCUGUGCCUGAAGGCAGGACUUGACCCAGGGGCUCUGGCCAAGACGUAUGCCGAGGACUUAAUAGAGCAGGUGAUUGAGAAGACAGGACCUACACAGAAGUCUCCGCUCAUAAAGAGCGCCGCAUGUGACGCCGCCGCAGAUUUAGUCUUUGUCGCGCCGGAGGUAAUGACAUCAAAGAUUAUUAAAAUGCUUCACGCAGAUCUCGAUACGGCAGGGCUAAGCGAGAUCGGACCAGUGGAGGCGGCAAUCUUCCGCACACCGGAAGGCACAGCGUUUGUCGACGUACUCGCGAAGAAGUCACAAGUGGUACCGAAUAAGAACUCAAAAGAUUACGACACCCUGAAGUGGGAGGAAGAGCUCAGGUCGCAACUCGCACUGAAGAAGGGACAGCAGAAGAAGCUGACUCCCGACGAACAGGCCAAAGUCAACGCUCAGUUGAGGAAAGAGGCUGAGAUCCGCCAAUCCAUCUCAAAAAUAGAGGCAAGGCUUAUGCGAGGCAUCGGCAUCGUUAAGAGUUUGAUCAACGGACCGCCGACGGAUGCAUCAUUGUGGCUCGGUCCCGCAGUGAGUGCUUUGCUGUCAGCAAUGGAGGCUGGUGCCUGCAUGAUCACUGGCGAUGCGGCACCGCUGGCCUAUAUCAGCUGCGCUGAUAAAGUGACAAGCCGGCUUGGACCGAUUCGGCCUUUCAUUGGGGUCGCUACUCUUCGAGCACUGGACAUCAGUUCAUUGCCAGAGAAUCUGAUUGAGGAGGGCUUGGAAGAACUUGUCACACGGGUACUAUAUCGCCUUCAUUUUGCAGGCGAGCAGCGGCCCUUUGACCCUGUUUCCGUCAUCUACAUACUCCCAUUGGCUUUCGCUAUUCUUCGCAAAGGAGGUGUGGGCGCGGCUGCCGAUGACAGAGAUGCGCAAGUGGUUCUCGCAAUUGAGAUCCUGGCUCUCCACACAGACGUCUGUGCUGAUGAGAACAUUCCAAGAGCUGAACUCAUUUCCAUUCUGAUUGCAGCGAUGCAGCAAUACGGUCAGCAUUACAAGAUCAUCAAGGACUGCUUCUCGGACUUGGUGCGCUGCGUAGCUCCUAACAUGACCACUGCCGAGGUUGAGGUUCUAGCAAAAGGAGCCAUUGCGCCGCAGGCAUCUAUCCGAGAGGCGGUACUUACCUCCAUCAGCGCAGAUGUCGAUAUGAGUGAGCUAGGAUUUUCUGAUGAGCUCUGGAUCUCGUGCCACGAUGAUGUGGCAGAAAACAUUGAACUGGGUGAAGAGAUCUGGACUGAGAGCGAGUUCAAGACCACAAAAGAAACCCCAUUCAGGAUGCUCCCUUACCUCGAGAGCAAAGAUGCCCAACUUCGGCGGGCUUCAUCACGAGCACUCGCAUCGGCUUGCAAGGCUCAUCCUUCCACACUCGAGCAAGUUCUCACCCGGCUACAGGCAUCCUACACUGAGUUUGCGAAGCCCAAAGUGCCACAACUGGACGAAUUUGGCAUGCCCAAGAAGACCGACCUGGCUGAUCCUUGGGAAGCCCGACACGGGUUCGCAGCUGCAUUCAAGGAACUGGCUCCCCUUCUUCAAAAGUUCCAAGUCGAUGAUUUCUUCGCCUUCUUCAUCGAGGGUGGCCCACUUGGGGAUCGGAACGCAACCGUGCGCAGCGAAAUGCUCGAAGCCGCCCUCGCUGUGAUCGAGUUGCACGGAAGAGCGCUCGUUGACAAGAUGAUGAAAACAUUCGAAAAGACGCUCGCUGCGCCAGAUAAAGGUUCUGAAGCAUCGGACCGUGUCAACGAGGCAGUCAUCAUCAUGUACGGAGCGUUGGCUCGCCACUUGAAGCCUGGUGACAACAAGAUCCCGGUCGUUUUAGAUCGCCUGCUUGCGACACUAAGCACUCCAUCCGAAACUGUGCAGUACGCAGUCGCAGAAUGCCUGCCACCGCUUGUUAAGACGUGCAGUGACAAGUCGUCCAAGUACUUCGACCAGAUACUUGAUACACUGCUCAACUCCAAAAAGUAUGCUGAGAAACGUGGUGCGGCUUACGGAUUGGCUGGACUUGUCCUUGGACGCGGUAUCUCGGUGCUUCGCGACUACCGCAUCAUCAUUACUCUCAAGAGCGCGACCGAGAAUAAGAAGGAGCCCCAACAGCGUGAGGGGGCAUUCUUGGCGUUUGAGUUGCUGCCAACCAUGCUUGGUCGUCUUUUCGAGCCAUAUGUGAUACAAAUUGUUGACCAGCUACUGGCCGGCUUCGGCGACAGCAAUGCCGAUAUCAGAGACUCAUGCUUGGCCGCAGCGAAAGCGUGCUUUGCCAAGCUCAGCUCAUAUGGUGUCAAGCAAAUUUUGCCUACGCUUCUUCGCGGACUCGAUGACGACCAGUGGCGCAGCAAACGAGGAGCCUGUGACCUUCUUGGUGCCAUGGCUUAUCUCGACCCUCAACAGCUCGCACAGAGUCUACCAGACAUCAUCCCUCCCCUCACGGCCGUACUCAACGACAGUCACAAAGAAGUCCGUGCUGGCGCAAACAAGAGCUUGAAACGCUUCGGCGAGGUUAUCGAGAACCCUGAAGUCAAGAGUCUCGUUGACAUCCUACUGAAAGCUCUCAGCGAUCCCACCAAGUACACAGACGACGCUCUCGAUGCCCUCAUCAAGGUACAAUUCGUACACUAUCUUGAUGCGCCAUCCCUCGCGCUUGUCACUCGUAUCUUGCAGCGUGGUCUGGACGAUCGAUCUAGCACCAAGCGAAAGGCUGCUCAGGUCAUCGGUAGUCUUGCCCACCUGACAGAACGCAAAGACCUGAUUGCACAUUUACCUGUGCUUGUGUCUGGGCUUAAGAUCGCAGCUGUCGAUCCAGUUCCAACAACGAGAGCCACGGCAUCUCGGGCACUUGGAUCGCUUGUCGAGAAGCUCGGUGAAGAUGCCUUGCCCGACCUUAUCCCGGGCCUCAUGCAGACACUCAAGUCGGAUACCGGUGCCGGAGAUCGGCUUGGCUCUGCCCAGGCCUUGUCCGAAGUCCUUGCCGGAUUGGGCACUACGAGGCUGGAGGAGACGCUUCCAACAAUCUUGCAGAAUGUGGAGUCCUCCAAAGCUGCAGUCAGAGAAGGCUUCAUGUCGCUUUUCAUAUUCUUGCCCGUGUGUUUCGGCAACAGCUUCGCAAACUAUUUGGGCAGGAUUAUCCCACCCAUUCUGGCUGGUCUUGCGGAUGAUAUCGAAUCCAUUCGUGAGACGGCUCUCCGGGCAGGACGACUGUUGGUCAAGAACUUCGCAACCCGAGCAGUAGAUCUUCUCCUUCCGGAGCUUGAGCGAGGUUUGGCGGAUGACAGCUACCGGAUUCGUCUCAGUUCCGUGGAGCUCGUCGGCGAUCUUCUGUUCAACCUUACGGGCAUCAGUGGCAAAACAGAUGAUGAUGAGGAGGAUGCCGAGGAAGAUGCCAAGGAAGCCGGUGCGUCGCUCCGUGAGGUACUCGGCGAGGAGAAACGCAACAAAAUCCUCUCUGCUCUGUAUAUCUGUCGCUGUGACACGGCUGGUGCGGUUCGCGCUGCUGCCGUUGCUGUGUGGAAGGCGCUGGUUGCUACGCCAAGAACACUCAAGGAGCUUACGCCGACUCUCACACAACUCAUCAUUCGUCGUCUUGGUAGCUCGAAUAUGGAGCACAAGGUCAUUGCCAGCAACGCCUUGGGUGAGCUGAUCCGGAAGGCUGGCGACAGCGUCCUCUCAACACUUCUUCCUACUCUUGAGGAAGGCUUGCAGACAUCUACCGACACAGAUGCCAAGCAGGGUAUAUGUUUGGCUUUGAAGGAGUUGAUCGCUUCGGCGUCUGAGGAGGCUGUGGAGGAUCAUGAGAAGUCUCUGAUUUCCGUGGUACGGACAGCAUUGACAGAUUCUGACGAAGAAGUCAGAGAAGCAGCUGCAGAAGCCUUCGACUCUUUGCAGCAGAUCAUUGGCAAGCGCGCCGUUGAUCAAGUCCUUCCCUUCUUCCUCAACCUAUUGCGAUCUGACAAUGACGCCGAGAAUGCCCUGGCGGCUUUGCUCACUCUCCUCACUGAGAACUCAAGAUCCAGCAUCAUUUUGCCCAACCUUAUUCCUACGCUCACGACACCGCCAAUUUCAGCCUUCAACGCUAAGGCUCUCGCCUCACUCUCUCAAGUGGCUGGUGGCGCGAUGAACAGGCGGAUGCCAAACAUCAUCAAUUCGCUCAUGGAUAAUAUCAUCAAUGCCGAGAACGAGGAGCUUCGUGUCGACCUGGAGAACUCCUUCGACAUGGUUAUUCAAUCCAUAGACGAGUACGACGGUUUGAAUACUGUCAUGAACGUCUUGCUGCAAUUGGUCAAGCACGACGAUCAUCGCAGGCGCGCAGUGACGGCACAUCGCCUCGCAAAUUUCUUCUCCGCUGGUAGUGUCGACUACUCACGCUACAACCAGGACAUCAUUCGCGCGCUUCUCAACUCCUUUGACGACAGAGAUUCGGAUGUUGUCAAGGCGGCUUGGACAGCACUGAAUGAGUUCACAAAGAAACUCAAGAAGGAGGAGAUGGAAGGCCUGGUCUCUUCGACGCGGCAGACGCUGUUACGCAUUGGUGUCGCUGGGGUCAAUCUUCCUGGUUUCGAACUUCCAAAGGGGAUCAACGCUAUUCUGCCAAUCUUCCUUCAGGGUCUCAUGAACGGCACUCCGGAUCAGCGGACGAAUGCUGCGCUUGCAAUCUCCGACAUCGUCGACCGGACGAGCGAAAACUCGCUCAAGCCGUUCGUGACACAGAUCACCGGUCCUCUGAUCCGUGUUGUCUCUGAGCGCUCGACUGAUGUCAAGGCAGCAAUUCUACUCACCCUCAACAAUCUGCUCGAGAAGAUGCCAACCGCCCUUAAGCCUUUCUUGCCACAAUUACAACGUACCUUUGCAAGAUCUCUGGCAGAUCCUACGAGCGAGAUGCUCCGGUCUCGCGCUGCCAAAGCUCUCGGUACGCUCAUCAAAUUCACGCCUCGUGUUGAUCCACUCAUUGCGGAGCUUGUGACUGGAUCCAAGACAACGGACUCCGGCGUCAAGACGGCUAUGCUCAAAGCACUGUACGAAGUCAUUAGCAAGGCUGGAGCGAACAUGGGCGAGAGUUCAAGGACGGCGGUUCUGAAUCUCAUUGAUCUAGAGACCGAGAUGAAGGACGACACCAUGACAAUCACGAACGCCAAGUUACUCGGUGCACUAAUUAAGAAUGUGCCGACCGAGGCUGCCCACAACCUCAUGAAGAAUCGUGUCACUACAACGCAUUUUACCAAUGCGUCCGUGCUGGCACUCAAUGCGGUCUUUGUCGAAUCCCCGCGAGUUCUCCUCGACAGCCCGAUGGCAGAGGAUCUUCCGGACAUUCUCUGCCAAGGAAUGUCUAACAAGAAUCUGUUCGUUGCGGACAAUGCGAUCUUGGCCGCUGGCAAGUACCUCAUGACAGAUUCGCCCAAGUCAUUCGAGGCGAUCAAGCCCAUAUUCACAACGUUGGCAACCAUUAUCGGACCUGGCAAUCCAACUGACUCCCGGCGGCUGGCGCUUGUCAUUGUACGGACGAUUUCACGAACAGACAUGGACAUGAUCCGCCCACAUCUUGCGCUGCUGGCACCACCAGUAUUUGCCUCUGUUCGGGAUCCUGUCAUCCCUGUCAAGCUUGCGGCCGAGGCUGCGUUCGUGGAACUGUUCAGCGUGGUGGAUGAGGAAAGCAAAGUGUUUGACAAGUACAUGGCUGCAAACGGAGAGUCCCUUCCGGCCAACACCAAGAGAAGCAUGCAGGAUUAUUUCAAGCGUGUUGCGCUCCGCCUUGGUAACCAGGCACGAGAGAGGAAGGAAGCGGAAGGCGGGGCAGGCGGCUUAGGGCUGUCCAAUGACGAGGUCGAGGACGAGAAGGAGAUCUGGAGCGUGGGUGCUGUUGAAAUGGGGGGCGGUGUGUUUGCCACGGACGAUUGAGUAAGUGGUUAAAUCUAUAGGAGCCGAUCUAGCGGCUCAUAUACUGUACAAAAACACAACUGCAGAUUACACGGGUUGUGAGAACUGCACUUCUGUUGCAGCCCGGUGAAUGUUUGGCCACGCGAGCAGCUUAUGGAAACGCGGCCAUGACAAUAAAGUGCCUGCCUGCGGUGAGGUGGGGUAUCACAUAGGUUGCGAGAAUAGGGCGACCUGAUAGUCGUCGAAAGUUGACUCAACCCUCCG